AUGGAUCUGAAUUUCGAAUACAUCGCUGCUCAUAUCAGCGAUUAUAUUAAUAAUGAAAACUUCUUCUAUAUAUUUGAUAUCGAAGAUAUCAAAACAAUCAUGAAAUAUUCACAUUUGACAGCUGAUCAAUAUGUUACUCUUCUCAAACAAUCUCAUUCAACUAUCAACUCAAGAAAAUUAUAUACCAGUACACGAAAUGCCAAUAUUACUAUCAAAAACAUCGAAGAAGUUGUUUCAAUUCUGAAAUCUGUCAAAAAUUACAUGAAAUUCAGUAUAUUUAAUGGCAUUAUUGACUUUUUAAUACCUGAUGAGAAAGCAAUAAACUCUUCUACGAAUGAAACAGAAAUAAUUCAAAAUGAAAAUGAGACCAAAGAUACAACUAUCAGUCAAACUAAUGAAAAUUACAAUAGUUCACAAGAUAUUUUAACUAGAAUCAAAGAACUUAAGGACUCUAAUGAUUUUGAAACCAUUUACAAAUUCCUUGAUGAACUUUCUUCGAAAGGAAACCAUGAAAUGAUUUCAAAAUCAAUCGAAGCAGGACUUUGGCAAAAGAUCGCUCCUAAAAAAUCUCUAUAUGAUCCUGAGAGGAAUGUUCUUCAUGUUGCAAGUGAAAACGGAAAUCUCAGACUUGUUCAAUCACUCAUCAAAUGUGUUUGUGAUAAAGAAGCAAAGGAUAGUUCUGAAUAUACUCCACUCAUUCUUGCAUCAAAACAAGGUCAUCUUGACAUUGUUCAAUAUCUUAUCUCAGUUGGAGCUAAUAAAGAAGCAAAAACUAAUUCUGGAUAUACCCCACUCAUUUAUGCAUCAAAUAAUGGCCAUCUUGAAGUUGUUAAAUAUCUUUUCUCUGUUGGAGCUAAUAAAGAAGCAAAGGAUAAUUAUGGAUAUACUCCACUCAUUAAAGCAUCAACUUAUGGCCAUCUUAACGUAGUUCAAUAUCUUAUCUCAGUUGGAGCUAAUAAAGAAGCAAAGAAUAAUAAUGGAUACACUGCACUGAUGGUUGCAAAAGGUAAUGUAAGAAAUUAUUUAAAAACUAUUUGUAUCAAUUAA